GGACUCUCAGAGUGGAACUUCAGGCAUCAGCAAGAGGGGAAGAUACUAUCUUACUGGGAGUUGACAGUACCUGAUAAGUGAUCUCCUUCCCAUCAGAUUUCCAAGGGAUCAAGGUGCCCCGGUUCUAAACAACCACAGGUUCCUCAUUGCUCAGGUACGGUCACAUGGCUCAGAAAGCACAAGAAGUAGAGCCCCGAGGUCAGAUCUGAGAGGCUUCUGAGGGGCCGAUGCAGUGACUUCUCUGCUGCAGCUGCUGCAGUCAGAUCCAUCAUGUGGCCACUGACAGCCCUUCUGCUCCUGGCUUCCACUCCAACCCCCUAAGUGACCUUUUCAAGUAGACUCCUCACUUCUUGGCUGCGCUGGGAUAGUGUCUCUUCCCACUCUCGUCAACCCCUGGGACUAAAUUUGCUUGAAGGCAUUUAGAAAUGGGUGCUGGCUGAUGGACUGGUAGUCUGUAACCCAAUGAAUGUGAUCUCCUCUCCUGCAGGGAUGGCUACUCUGGAGAAGCCCAUAUUGUCUCUACAUCCACCUUGGACCACCAUCUUCAAAGGGGAGCGGGUAACUUUGAAGUGUGAUGGAUACCACCCACUGCUCCUGGAGCUCCAGCCCAUCAGCACUCUCUGGUAUUUGGGCCACCUACUUCUGCCCUCUCACAAGAAGAGCAUUGAGGUGCAGACACCAGGGGUGUAUCGAUGCCAGACACGGGGAGCACCCGUCAGUGACCCCAUCCACCUCUCUGUAUCCAAUGAUUGGCUGAUUCUGCAAGUGCCCUAUGCUCCAGUGUUCGAGGGUGAGCCGCUAGUCCUGCGCUGCCGCGGCUGGUACGACAAGGUGGUCUACAAGCUUCACUACUACCACGACGGCCAGGCCGUGCGCUACUUCCACUCCAGCGCCAACUACACUGUGUUACAGGCGCGUGCCAGAGACAGCGGGCGCUACCAGUGCUCGGGCACCAUGCGCAUCCCGGUGGAGAGCGCGCCCAUGUUCUCCGCUAAGGUGGCUGUGACAGUGCAAGAGCUGUUCCGGGCGCCGGUGCUGAGGGUGAUGGGUCCGCGGGAGGCCCGCGGCGCGGCGCUGGGCGGGGUGGUGCUGCGCUGCGACACGCGCCUGCACCCGCAGAAGCGCGACACGCCGCUGCAGUUCGCGUUUUACAAGUACAGCCGCGCGGUGCGCCGCUUCGACUGGGGCGCCGAGUACACAGUCCCGGAGCCCGAGGUCGAGGAGCUCGAAUCGUACUGGUGCGAGGCGGCUACCGCCACCCGCAGUGUCCGGAAACGCAGUCCGUGGCUGCAGCUCCCGGGGCCGGGUUCUCCCCUGGACCCGGCCUCCACCACCGCCCCAGCUCCAUGGGCCGCAGCCUUGGCUCCCGGUAACAGGCCGCUUUCCUUCAGAAAGCCCCCGGUGUCCAGAUCGGUCCCGUCGGUCACCUCCGUCCGGAACACCACCUCCACCGGGCUGCAGUUCCCGGCGAGCGGCGCCCCGACUGCGGGGCCACCCGCCUGCGCUCCGCCGACGCCCUUGGAACAAUCGGCUGGAGCCCUGAAACCCGACGUGGACCUUCUGCUCCGAGAAAUGCAGCUGCUCAAAGGCCUUCUGAGCCGGGUGGUCCUGGAAUUAAAGGAGCCACAGGCCCUCCGGGAGCUCAGGGGAACGCCCGAGACCCCCACCUCUCACUUUGCUGUGAGCCCGGGAACCCCAGAGACCACUCCUGUGGAGAGCUGAGGGGGCGGCUACCGUCCCCUCUGCAGGCUCAUUCCUCCUUGGUCUCCGGCUUCCCCUCACGCGAAUUUCUUUCAAAGCCAUCUGUUUGCAUCCUUGUGUUUUGCUGUGGUUUUUAAAGGAGCGCCCACGAAGUGUAGUGGCUGACGAUUUCAACCUCACACAGCAGUUUGUAACCGCAAGCAUUCUCUUUGAAUUCUCACAGAAUUCAGCAAGAAGUAGAAACCUGUUAUUUACUACAUUGUGAUUUAACUUUGGAUGUGAAUUUAGUCACCCUUAGCCCUUCAGAUAAGCCUAGCCAGUACAUAUUUCAGCACAGGCAGUUUUUUUGGUAUUUAAGUACAUUGAGGUAACUGAGGACUUGAGAAUAUUUUAGGGUCAAAGUGUAAUUAUUCAUAAUGAAUUUACUCUGUUGAUAUUAAAAAGACGUUCAGUCCUAUUACUGAUGAGUUUACAUCUUCAAAUAAAUCCUGGGUUCUAUUUA